AUGUCUGACAAUGAUGUUAUUCCUCGUUUCUUCAAGGUUUUCUUCUCAGAAUCAUCCUCUGAAUCAAUGGCGAUCCCCAUGUCCUUUAAUGAGUAUCUUGAAGAUCCACUUCCACAGAAAGCUAAGCUCCAAGGCACUGGAGGUGGAGUUUGGACUGUGAGGUUCAUCAAAAUAUGCAACUGUGCUUAUUUCACAUCUGGAUGGUCCAGAUUUGCAGAGGACCAUGAACUCAAGGAUGGAGAGUUCUUGACCUUUGUCUACGAUGGUCACCACACGUUUGAAGUGAGUGUCUUUGGUCAUAGUGGUUUUAAAGAGACAAGAGCAGUGGUGGAGACAGUGGAGCUUUCUGAUUCUGAUGAAAAUGAAGAACAAGAUUCUUCUAUAGAUGCUGAUUCAGAUGAAGUUGAAGAAGUCAGCAAGAGUAUCUACCCUGUAAGCAGCAACGAGACAGUAUCAGAUGCUGCAGGGGUUUCGAGUAUGGAGAUCACUGGAAACCCAUGCUUUACUACCAAUCUCAAGCAUAGGACAUAUGAGCUGUUGAUUCCAGCAAGUGUGGUUAACGAACAUGGGCUUACGUUUGGAGACAGCAUCAAGUACAUUGAUGCAGAAGGAGUCAUGAAAGGGGAAAGAGGGAAGUGGGCUGAUGAUAGGAAUUGCUUCAAAGGAUGGAACAGGAUUUGUAGAAGGAACAGACUUAGAAAGCAAGAUACAGUCAUCUGUGAGAUGCUUCAUGUUCGGAAGGAAGUUCACUCAGUCAAAAUCAGAGUCAUACGUGGUUGA